GGUGAAGGAGUGCAGAAUCCUCAGAAUGAUGAUGAUGUUACCACGACUCAGAGUAGCACCGCUCAUCUCAUGAUUCCGAGAAUUCAGUUUCGAGAUUCCGGAGUAUGAUUACCACGCUUCCUCCUGUCGUCUUCGUGAUGAAGAAGUGCUCAGGUAACAGCAUUUGGAUUGGGAUCAGCAUCGUAGCUACUCUUUUGGUCGCUUCUAUACGAGCUUAUGCAGUAAGAAAGUCUAGAGAUAACCGUCCUCCUGGCUCUGUUACUGAUCUCGUGAGACGUGGCCAGCUUAGAUCUGGUGAUAGAAGAGGCAUCUCAAAGUCCCUUGAUUACGAAGACCCAUUCAACAACCCUUUUGUUAAACUUGGCAAAGGAAGCUCAACGGUAGAGAUGUGCGGGAAAGUUUAUAAGUUAGCUCCAGUCACCCUUACAGAGAAAGAACAGUCCGUUCAUCAGAAAAGAAGGUCACGAGCUUACCAAUGGAAAAGACCGACGGUUUUCCUCAAAGAAGGAGACUCAAUACCGCCUGAUGUUGAUCCUGAUAUAGUUAGAUGGAUCCCCGCCAAUCAUCCGUUUGCAACCACGGUCAGCGACAUCGAUCAGAACCUUGCUCAGAACAAUGUGUACCAGAAGCAAGGUGUUCCUUUCCGGAUUCGCGCUGAGCAUGAAGCUAUGCAGAAAAAGCUUGAAGCUUUACAAAACGAGGAGAAGUUGAAUAAUCUAGGAAUUGACAGUCAAAAUGCCAGAGAUUUUCAGAGGCCACACAAGUUCUCAGGCAAGCUUGAAGAUGAGAAUGUACAGAAGAGUUCUCAGGAGAAUCAUACUGGCGAUUCAUCCUCUGAGGAGACGCACUAAAGCUUUGUAAAUAUAGCUUUGGAGAUCACACUUGCGUCCCAAGAAACUUGAGAUAUUUUUGUAGUGAACCUUCAAAAACCCAAAUCUAUGUUUUCAUUUGCU